CACGAGUGAAGAACUUGCGGUUGAGUUGAACUGUGAAACUGUCGAAAUGAUCGACAGUGAUGACAUGAACAUCGAUAACUCAUUCAUCAUAGUUAAAAGUUCUGACCACCAUGGGGUUCUAGAUGGUUCCCUCAACAUUAACAAUAGUGAUGAUGGUGUCGGUAGCUUUUCUGGCAACAAUGAUGCUUACCAUGAUGAAGAGGUGCAUCUGAAUGGAGAUUUCAAUGAGAAACAAAAUCUCGCAAAUACCUUGCUCUCCAACUUUGUGUCGGCCAGUAACAACGAAGUUCUAGACUUCCUGACAGCUGGCAAUGUUGUGUUCUCCACUAAUGGAGAGAUCAAGGUGGAGAUUCCCGACAUGGUUGAUGGUUUUCCAGACGACGGUUGUUUCGUGAAGGGAUCGACGUCAGAUGACAUCAACGGCAUGAACGCUGCAUCCUCAGCGGCAACAACAACUUCCUCGUUGACCUUAUCAACGGCUGCCAUAGUUAACAAUUCAUCACUGACAUUAAACAGUAGCGAUGUCGACGUGGAUGUCUGCAACGACGAUGACCACCUCAUUGUCCAGUGUAUGGACAUCACUGAGCCGCUGAGUACUCUGAGGAGGCUUCUGGAAGAGAGAUUUGUUGCCGAUUACUCUGCCUACGAGCUCUGGCUGCAGGAUUCAGUACAGUUGGACCCGAGCAAGAACUUAGUUAGUCAGUGUCUUGAAGGUACUGGAACUGUUCAGAUCAAUGUGGAAUUCAAGGUUGGCUAUCCAAGGAUAAACAUCCUAGACGUCUUGAAGCCGGUCGAAGAUGACGAUGAAGAUGACGUCGAGGAAGAUGACAAUGACGGCGGCAGUAACAUGACCAGUGUCACAAAGUGGAUUGUCGAUCCGUGGUUCUGUAACGAACAGAUCAAGCAUAAGAUUCCAAAGGACCCAGCAGAAUGGUCGACAGCCCAUAUAAAACACUGGCUUCGAUGGGCAAUACGACGAUUCAAGUUAAAAAGUGUAGCAACGCUAAUUGUCGAGAAUAUGUCCGGGGCCCAGUUAGUGAAUUUGAGUCACUCCGACUUCACUAAGAUCUUCCCCAACGACGUGGGUGACGUUUUCUGGACUCACCUUGAACUUCUCAGAAGAUGCAAAUUUGUCGUUACAUUUAACAGCAUUGAAACUACGAUGCGUGCACACACACACACACACACGCGCGCACGCACAAUUAUAGCUGUGAUGCAGAGCCCAACUGCAAAUGAUGAAAGUAACAACGGCCAGAUCCAGUUAUGGCAGUUUCUGUUGGAGUUACUAACGGACAAGAGCUACAGAGAAGUUAUACAAUGGGCUGGAGAUGACGGUGAAUUCAGACUGAUCAACCCUGAGUACGUGGCUCAGUUAUGGGGACAGCGAAAGAGCAAGGCAAAUAUGAAUUACGAGAAACUAUCAAGGGCCCUUAGAUACUAUUACGACGGAGAUAUGAUAGCAAAGGUACACGGCAAGAGAUUUGUGUACAAAUUCGUAUGCGAUCUCAAGACCUUGCUUGGUUAUUCAGCUUUGGAAUUAAAUCAACUUGUCCUAGAAUGUGCCAACAAUAGUCUCAACAUCAACAACAACACAGAUGAUAACACUAACAACAACAACAUCAGUAUCAGUAACAACGACGACGACUACACUAAAAUUACUGCCAUUACUAACAACAGUAACAAUGGUAGUAGUAAAUGUAAUAGUAGUAGCAAUAGGAACAAUUCUAAUGUAGUGUUGAGCGUAAAGAAGAAAAAUUUAAUUGCUAUGCCUAUUAAAUUUUCUUGAUAUAUUUUGUAUGUAUGUAUGUAUGUGUUUCCAGGUGUGUGUAUGUGCGUAUGCUGGCGUAUGUAUGUGUGUGUGUUUGCGUUUUUCAGUUUUGUUUCUGUUUCAUUACCUUUAUGACAUUUUUGUUUAUAAAUUGUACAGAUAAUGAUGAUGAUGAACAGCAUUCAUCCUGUUGUGUUUCGUGUUUUCUUCAAAAAGACAUUCGCACGUUUCUUUGUUACAUUUUCUUAAGCCAUCGUUAACCAACUACUGUUACUGACCGUUAUUACUUUUGUUAUUAAAAUUACUAAUGUUAAUACUACUACUACUACUGUACACUUUAAUUAUUACAAUUGGUAAUGUUUGGUUUUGUUCGUUUGUAUCAAUCUAUUGCUUUUUUUUAAUUCGUAUAUAUAUCUGUAUGAAAAUAGUUCUAUUAAGUUUGUAUUUAACAAAAUGACUGCACUAAAUUUAUUUAUUUGUGUGCGUACGGAUGUAGGUAUGUUUGUAAAUGAAUGUUUGUAUGUAUUGUUGUAUAUGUAUAUAUUUUGUAUUCGCAUGUACGUUUAUGGAUCAUGGUAUUUAUUUUUAUUAUGUGCCUUAUAAUUGUGAAUCCGAAUGCUAUAAUUUUUUGUAAUUCGUGAGAUAUGAUUGUAAUUGUCGUCAUUUCUUCCUCUCCCUC